AUGCUCCGUGGCGGAACCCGGUUUAAGCAAUCACCUAACCAGAACCUGACAUCAAACUAUGUUCUGAACGAAAUCAAGGAAACUGUCGUACUGGAACUGAGGAAAACGCAAGCCAAUUUUGAAGAGCAGCUUAUUGAAAAAAUUAACAAAUUACUUGCUGAGCAAUUUUUAGCGCUAAAAAAUGAAUUUUUAGAAAAGAUCGAUACGGUGACGACUAAAAUCCAACAAUUAGAAGUAACGCUUAUGACAAAAGCAGCCACUUAUAAGGAUGCAAUAACUAAGAAUUUGAGUUUAAAUACAACCUAA